AUGAGAUGGAAAAAGGCAACGGCCGCAUGGCAGCCGGCGCAGCCAGGGGCUUUGCCUAGAGUCAUCCGUAUACCAACAUACAGGGCCAUGUUAAUGGACCCAUUGCACCAGAUGGUAAAGGGUAUGGUUGACCACACACUCCAAUGGUGUUUGAAGCAUGUCAAGGCCCAGCAGUUAUGUCACAAAAGAAAGCACGGGGGAUCACAGGUGAUGAACUUUAAGAACAGGGAUGGUCCCAUGCAAGUGGACGACAGAUCUCAAGCAGUUCUGCCAUACACGGGGCUGAAGCGCUUCAAGAAUUUCAGCACCGUGAAGCAGUGGUCAGGAAACGAACAGGAUUCUAUUGCUCGACAACUAUUGCCGGUAAUUGUCCCAUUACCUAAAGAUGGGUGGUUCGAGCCGGUGAUGCUGUUCACUCGAUCUGUCUUGAACUCUUGGAUGCUGCCCACCUACCGAUCCCACGACGAUGACACAUUGAGAUACAUGAAACGGGCAUUAUACGUGAUCGAUAAGUUAAAGUCGGUGUUUGGCAGGUUUUGGACCAACAAGCGGCAAUUAGAUGAGGAUGGUCGUUCCAACUUCCCGAAGUUCCAUGUGAUAUCGCACUAUACGGACUUCAUCUGUCAUUAUGGAACAUUGGAUGGCACAAACACUUGCUACGCAGAACCAGCGCACAAAUACCUUGUCAAGGAGCCAUAUGAUCGUACCAACAAGCGCGCAGAUUUCGAGAUAUAG